AUGCUCUUCCGAGAUGCCGAAACUUUACGUGAAAUUUUGCUAUUCAUUUGGAAAAGGCUACAUUCAGAGCGGACAGCAGGAAUUUCGACCCAGCCGAGCCCGUUAGAACUUCACGACAUAUCGAAGGACGCGACGCCCGACCUUGCCAAUAGCCUUUUCGCUCGAGGUAUCAAUAUUGGUGAUGCCGCUGGACCUCGCGGAGAGUCGGCAUGGCACACAGCGGUCGAGCACCAACAAAAUCCGGACAUCAUGUUCACUUGGCUUUUGAAGCAUUCCGGAGUACCUUCUUUCGACUCGGCCCAAUUUGGAUGCACUCCACUCAUGCACGCCGUCAACCUCGACCGAAUAGAUGCUGUAUUGUGGCUGGCACAGCAUAGCCCCUUGGAAACACAAUUCAGCGCCGCAGAAUGCGCAGCGAAACGCCACACAAAGCAAAGUGUCGCCAUUCUCGAGAUCAUCAUGGCGAACCUGCCCCCAUUCCAGAAAAGCGUGGAUUCUUCGACUAAGCGGCUAAUACAUGCAGUCAAAGACGGGCUGUUUGCUGAAAAGCGAAGGCUCGAUAUCAAGAAACUGCGACAUGCCAAAGUCAAGCUUUCCAAUGCCCUUGAACACGAGAAGAAUGUCCGAGACGCGGAACAUAAUGCUUUCACAAAAAUGCGCUUCGUCGCUUCAUAUAUGGGGAUUUGGAUUCCGUUAGGAAAUGAGCAUUUGCGGCCUGCGAGUUAA